AUGACAUCGACUCCACCCCCUCACAACUGGAGCAGGAGUCAAGAUGAUCCAGUGAAUGGGAUGAUCUCCAGGACAGGCUGUGCUGAGCUGCACCACGCUCUUCAGGAUUGUAUGGCUGAGCACCAGGAAGGGAGGAAGUGUCAGACUGAGGUUCAGAAGUUUAAGGAGUGCAUGACCACCUACCCGAAAACUUGCAAAGAGCAGCUUCUAAAACAAAGGACUUCUGCCACACAAUGUGCCUGA